CCCAAACCUCUCUCAACCUUCCCCGGGCUCGUAGCUACCCACUCCACACCCCCCUCGUCAACAGUUCCACCAGCAGGCGGUUCGACAAGUCCCAUCAACACUUCAAUCAAUCCACUACUGUUCAAGGUUACCUUGGCCGGUUUACCAGGACGACAAGUUUCCUCAACCACGCUACACGUUCGAUCCUCCACUCGUGUUCAUCAACCCGCAAAACUUCAGUAAAAAUGUCCGCACCUGUCGACAGUGUCACCGCCCAGAUGGCCACCACCUCCCUCACCGACAACACCGCUCCCGCAGCCACUACCACCACGACGGAGAGCACCGGCGCCCAGCAGCCCACCGCAGCCGAGGACGAGGCUGUGCGUGCGAGCGCCGCCGAGGGCAGGCGACUUUACAUUGGAAACCUCGCAUAUGCGACCACCGAGGGGGAGUUGAAGGACUUCUUCAAGGACUACUUGGUCGAGUCCACGACCAUCCCCACCAACCCGCGUACCUCGCGCCCCGUCGGCUACGCCUUUGUUGCCCUCUCGACGCCGUCUGAGGCCGAGCGUGCCAUUGCCGAGCUCAACGGCAAGGCCAUCCUCGACCGCAAGGUCUCGAUCCAGCUUGCCCGCACCCCCGAGGCUCACGCCGAGGGUGCUGGCAGCGGUGCCGAGGGCAACACUGGCGAGGCUCGUCGCCGUACUUCCACCCGUGGACGUGGCCGCGGUCGUGGCCGUGGCGGCCGUGCUGGACGCGGAGGACGUGCUACCGACGCCGAGGGUGCCGAGCACGUCGAGCCCUCCACCGAGGCUCCUGCCGAGUCCACUCCCACAAAUGUACCCGGCCAAGUUGCCCCCCUGACCGAGACUACGAACGAAGCACUCACAGCAAAGAAGGGCGCCGACAAGGCAGAGAAGGCUGCUGCUCCUCGCGAGCGCAAGCAGCGUGGUCCCCCCGAGGAUGGCGUUCCCUCCAAGACCAAGGUCAUGGUUGCCAACCUGCCUUACGACCUGAAGGAGGACAGGCUUCUUGAGAUCUUCAAGGACUACUCUCCUACCCAAGCCAAGAUCGCUCUCCGCCCCAUUCCCCGCUUCAUGGUCAAGAAGCUCCAGGCCCGUGGUGAACCCCGCAAGGGCCGUGGUUUCGGUUUCGUCACUCUCGGCUCUGAGGAGCUCCAGCAGAAGGCAUGCGCUGAGAUGAACGGCAAGGAGAUUGAGGGCCGUGAGAUCGCCGUUAAGGUCGCGAUUGACUCGCCAGGAAAGGAGGACGAUGCGCCUGACGCGCCUGCCGACGGCGAGGCUCCUCUGACCGAGGCGGCUGCCACCAACGAGAAGGCGGAGAAGGCUGUCGAGAACCCUCCGGCUACGACUACACCUGCUGCUUAGGUGGCUGCAGCUGCCUAGAUGCGUGCUUUUUCCCAGCGGGCGCGCAUUUGACGCUACAUUACGCUGUGGAUCUGUGUAUGGAAGAUUUCUGGCCUAUUGACAUCUAGCAUUUAUCCUGAUAGAGAUAUAUAGGCCGGGGCCUUUAGCAUCUUAGUUCGUUCGAGUUAUCUGGUUAUAUCCGCAAAAAAGUGGGAAUUCGGAGUUCAUCACGGCAAUGAUGUUUAUGGUGGACGAUGUCGGGUUCAUUACGGUUACGGAAAAAACUUUGAGUUAGCUAGUCCGAGCCAUGAGACAUGGAAUCAAUGAAUAAAGAAACGAAAUAUGCCUUUUGACGCCCGAAUGGCGUCUCUAUGGCUAAUGAUUUAGUAAUUUUACGAUAUUGGUCAAUUUUGGU